AUGGGGAGGCAAACAUCCGGAAUGGAAGCGGGGCAACUUCAUAUUUGGCGGGUCAACUUGGGAGCGGAAAUUCUUUAUUCAAUGCUGAUCCCGGUAAUGGGGAUUGCCUCUACGUUAAUCAUAGUCCGGGCAGCGCUCGGACUUGCCAUUCAAGACGAGGAAACGUUCAGGGAGACCAUUUUAUCUGAUUUCCGCGUCGCGGUGGUAACCACCAUGAGUGAACGAAGUGUUUUGGACAUGCGACCAACCGGUUCUCAGGAUACUCAAUACAGGGCGAGUGUGGAUUCGAUAAUGGUAGAGUUGGAAUCGCAAAGUGAGAAGAGAAAAAUAGUCGCCAGUAGAUGA